AUGUCAUACGAAAUUCAAUUUUUGUCCUUACAAAAAAACGAACUAAGCUAUGAGGUGGCCAUUAGAGGCGGCACACCCGGAGAAAACGUUCAAGAAUUACGCAGGCAGAUAGUCAAAUUAGCCAAUGUGAUGCCUUCGGAUGAUAUUAUUGAAUCUGGGUUUGAGUUUUCUGUAGACGUAGAGGGCAUCCGCGAAAGUCUUAUUAAAGUAGAAACAAAUUUAAAAACAUUAUCAGUGAAAUAUGAUAAAAAUUUAUAUAAACGUACUCAAAACUUACUUAACCAUCUAUUUCAUAGGAUUCAACGUCUGGAUGCUGUAGAUAAAAAGUCUACAGAUAUUCUAGAAAGCCUCAGGCUCAAGCUAAAUACAAAUUUUAAAAACUUAGAACAUCUUAAGCCUGAUACUGAUUCCUCAUCUGAAUUUACAGAUGCUCUUACAAUUACACCGUCCCCUAUUGUUGUUACAUGUGAUCGAGUUCAUUCUUCGGACUUACCUAGUAUUAAGUUUGAUGGAAAAACGUGCGUACUUUCGUUUGUCCAACGUAUAAACGACUAUAUAACAGCCCGUGGUAUUCCCUCUUCUAAAAUUAUAGAUUUUGGAACAGAAAUUUUCGUUGGUGAUGCUUUACACUGGUUUCGCAGUGUAAGAUCACAUGUUACGUCUUGGGAUAGAUUAUGCGAAUUACUGAAGGAUGUUUUUGUUAUUCCUGAUCAUGAUUAUCGCUUAUUAGACGAGAUAAAAGCUCGUACGCAAGGUGAAACUGAGAAUAUUACUAUUUAUCUAGCCAUUAUGUCAGGCAUGUUUUCCCGUUUAUUUAAAAAACCUUCGGAGGAAGAUCAGUUAGAAAUUAUUAUGCACAAUAUCAAACCGUGUUAUGCUAGCGCUUUAAUUGCAGUGCCUGAUCUUAAAUCUAUUGAGGUCUUACGUACGGCUUGUAAAAAUUAUGAGAAUGUACAGUCUUGUCUUAAUAAAUAUCAUGAACCUCCUAAAAUAAAUUCAGCCACACUAGCACCCGAAUUUGCAUUUAAGCCACUCACUAAUUUAGCAGAAAAAAAUAAAAUGUACUAUUCUGCCACUAAUAAAUUUAAUUGCAAUAAAGCUUAUAAUAAUUAUAAUAAACCUAUACCUAAUUCAAGUAACCUUUAUAAAAAAUAUUCUCCCAAUUCUAAUGUUUUAAACAACACUUAUCCGCAACGGCAACAAAGAGUUUAUGGUCAUAAUAAACCAAUUGACGCUAUUCAAUAUGACGAAAGUAAACAAAAGUUUUGCCCCCGGUGUCGUGUUGAUACACACAACUUAAGACAAUGUACAGAAAAACGCAAAGUAUUUUGUUUCAAAUGUGGCCGUGAUGAUUACACAUUUUACACUUGUCCAGAUUGUACAAGUAUUCCGUCUAGUUCAAAAAACUAA